CGACGAAGCCGCGCGCCGGGCUGUCGUUCGUGCGCCGAUUCAAGAAGCGCGUGCGGGCAGCGCUGGUGGUGCGUCGGUGACGCGUGUGCGGGCGGCCGUCUCCCGUUCGCACGGCCGCUACUUUUGUUAGCCGCGUGACGCCUGGAAACUGCCGCCAGUGCGGUAUCGUUCUCAUCGCGGAACUCGAACGACGUGCGUGUUAUUUCUGGUGACGAGCGAGCGGCACAGCGGACGCCGCUCUGUUGUGCUUGGCGCGUGAGUGUUUCGGGAAUGAAUGACGCUGGAAGAGAGUGGUAACGACGGUGCUGACAGUUGUUCCGAGCUCUGUGGUACGUCGAUUUUGUGGGCUAUUUGUAAUGCGUGUUUAUUUUAGCCUGUGCGGAGCCCGAGGAUGUAGACUUCAAUUACACAUCGCCCAAACAAGAAACUCUGUGAACGAGAGGCCACAAAGAGGGACAACACUGCCGGUUUCAGGCACUUGAGCGGCUUGAUUGCCUUUCGGCGAUAGACUUUGCUGGAAGGAGGAUCCGAUGGUUCAUCGUUAUGACCAAAAAAUUUAGGUUCUCGGUGUGUUCACUGGUGGCGCUGCAUCUCACUUCUUGCUGUUUCCCCAUCAAUUACAUGUGAAGGAUUUACUGACAUGAAACGAAUUCUUCUGCUCUAAGUAUAUUGGGUUGUGCUUGUGCCCCAUCUCCGAAUUAGACAACUUUAUUAACUGAGCGUAGCACUGCCAAGCCCCAGCAUAACCUUUCUUAUUUCACGUAUCUGUGGUCUGGACGCCUUCUCACUGCGUUUUCAGUGCUUUAUCUGUGCGCUAAAAAGACACGGCGUCGUGAACCUAGCCGACGCCUGGUGGCGGAAAUAUUACCGCGACAGUGGGGACGCCCGAUAGCAGAUAUUUUCCCAGUGCUUUGUGCGAAGAAUACACGAUUGGGUACUUUGCUUGAACAUCGCUUGCUGGUGGAUUACCAGUCCAUCACCGGACUUUACUUGACACUAAGAUCAUGGGGUGUGGUAGGAUACCCUGGACUGCCUUCAUUCUAGCCAAGCUCCUCAUCUUCAAUGGCCUAGAGUCAGCAUCGUCAUCAAUUCUGCACACAAGUGGCGGCCGUGGGCCAACCAUUGUCCUGGAGCCACCGACAACGGUCGAGUUCUCGAGCGAGACGGGUGCUGUGCUUCCCUGCUCGGCUCAGGGACAACCGCAUCCCAGCAUUCGAUGGGAGAAAGAGGACGGGAGCUCAGCGAAAUCGGUUCCUGGGCUACGAGAAAUUCGGUCGGACGGCUCUCUCGUGCUUCCUGCGUUUGGCGCCUCCCACUUCAGACCGGAAGUCCACUCUUCAACCUACCGCUGCGUGGCUUCGAACGCAUUUGGUCUCGUCAAGAGUCGCCUCGCACACGUCCGAGGAGUGGUGCUGGAGAAGUUCAUGGCCAGCGUCUACGACGCCUACGUUGUUCGCGGGAACUCGGCUGUCCUCCGUUGUCACCUGCCUCCGCCCGUCAGGGACUACGUCACGGUGACGUCGUGGGUACUCGACGACGGUGUCACUAUCGGCAUGCUUGCAGAUUCCGGUGUCCACAACCGUUACCUGAUGCUCCCAACAGGCGAGCUUCUUGUACGGGAUGUAGAUGGCAGUACAGAUGCCCAUCACUCCUACCGAUGUCAAGUGCACAACAAGCUCACGGGAGAAAACCACCUGAGCACCAGCGCCGGCAAGAUAAUCGUAACAGAGCCCCACAGCCAGCUUCCUCCACGGAUGGCCGAGUACCGCAGCGUGGUUGAAGUGGAACAGGGGGAGCGCGCCGUACUGCCCUGUUUGGCACAAGGACACCCACCUCCGAGACAUCACUGGUUCCGUGUCGUCGGUGGUGUAGUCAGGGAAAGCACAGUGCUACAUAGCUCAUCUUCGGGCAGCGUUGAAGGCGUCAUACCGGUGAAAGUUUCCGACAGGGUCUCCCUGCUGCCGGGAGGCACGCUUUUCCUGCAUGGCACCCGCAUCCUCGACAGCGGGAAGUACCUCUGCGUGGCUAACAACUCGGCCGGCGAGGACAGGGCUUACACGGAACUGCUGGUCACGGUGCCCCUCUCCGCGCACAUAGACCCGCCUGUGCAAGUAGUCGACGUGGGAAAGAGCGCGAACAUGAGUUGCCGCGUGGUUGGACACCCCGUACACGGCGUUCUGUGGACGCACAAUGGCCGCUCAAUCUCAGCGUCUUCCACGUCUUACGGCGGCGGAGGACCGAGCAGCAAGUCGGCUUCCGAUGGCCCGUCGUCGAGGAUCACCAUCUUGUCGCGUGACCUGAUUCACGUCUCGGUGGUUGAGCGCCAGGACCACGGCAUGUACCAGUGCCUCGUCUACAACGACAGGGACUCGGCGCAAGGAACGGCGCAGCUCGUCAUCGGAGAGGACGCCCCCGUGCUUGAGCACACGUUUACAGAGCGUCAGGUGCGACCGGGCAGCAGCGUGUCGCUCAGGUGUUCAGCAUCGGGAACUCCACUGCCUCAAAUCACGUGGUCUCUGGACGGAAUACCCGUGCCAGAACACUACCAUGUGCGAAUAGGAGACUACGUCAGCGGCGAGCGGCUGGUGCACAGCUACGUAAACCUUACCGGCGUCCGAGUGGAGGAUGGUGGUCUGUACAGUUGUGCGGCCCGCAACGGCGUUGGCCGCGUCUCUCACUCAGCCAGACUGAACGUUCUCGGAAGACCCCUGGUGCGGCCGAUGGCCAACGUCACGGCUCUAGCAGGACGCACCAUGCGGCUGCACUGCGCAGUGGCCGGACAUCCAAUACAGAGCAUUGUCUGGCAGAAAGAUGGCCGCUCGCUGCCGCAGAACCAUCGCCAGCGUAGCUUCCCCAACGGCAGCCUUGUUGUGGCCGACGUACAGCGCAGCGCGGACGAUGGCUGGUACUCUUGCAUAGCGCGGGACCCGCAGGGAAACACGGCGAAGGGACAGCUCGCCGUACACGUCAUGACGCCACCUGUGGUGAACCCGUUCAGCUUCGCCGAUGACCUCAUCGAGGGGAAGCGUGCCGGUGCCGCCUGCAUCGUCUCGGACGGUGACCUGCCCAUCACCAUUCAGUGGCUGAAGGAUGGGAUCCCGGUCGAGCAGCAGCGGCAGCUAGGGGCGUCCGUUGCCGACGCGAACGAUUACACCUCCUUCCUCUCGUUCACGGGGGUGCGCCAGCUGCAUUCGGGCAACUACACCUGCGUCGCGUCCAACCCUGCCGCCUCGGCAAACUACACCGCGCCCAUGGUCGUUCAAGUUCCCCCAACGUGGCGCCAGGAGCCAGUGGACAAGGUGGCCAUCAUGGGCCAACCAGUGAUCUUCGACUGCCAGGCAGACGGCUUCCCUGUGCCCGUCAUACGGUGGAAAAAGGAAUACCGUGCCGAGGGCGGCCGCGACUUCUCGGUGAUCAUCAGCAACGCCAACGUGCAGAUCCUGGAGAACGGCUCGCUGAGCAUUCGCGAGGCUGACCGUUCGGACGCAGGCCACUACAUGUGCCAAGCGCUGAACGGCGUCGGACCCGGCAUCUCCACCGUGGUGAAGCUGGACAUCCACGUGGCGGCUCACUUCGAACGCAAGUUUCAGGCGUUGACAGUUCGUCGCGGAGACAGCGUCGUGCUCACUUGCCGAGCUGUCGGAGAGCAGCCUAUCGCGGUGACCUGGACAAAGGAUAGACACGGCUUCAACCCAGCGCUGGAACCUAGGUACGCUGUGGAAGAGAAACCUGGCACCGAAGGGUUUGAGUACAUCGUCCGCAUUCCGAGCGUGGACCGAAGGGACUCUUCCCUAUUCAGCUGCUACGCUGAGAACGCCUACGGAAGGGACGACACAAACUUUCAGGUCGUCGUGCAAGAACCUCCGGACAAACCGCGAGGUCUGGAGGCAACCCAGACGACGAGUCGUUCAGUGACGCUUUCCUGGUCGCCCGCCUACUCCGGAAACAGCCCCGUACUGAAGUACCUGCUGGAACACAAGCUGCCGGAAGGGUUUUGGGAACAAGACUCGCACGUGUCUGCCGUUGAGUCGACCGAGUUCUCGCACGUGGUCAGCGGCCUUCGACCAAAGACCAGCUACGAAUUCAGACUUCGGGCGGAGAAUUCCAUUGGGCUCAGUGAAAGCAGUGACGCCCUUGUAGUUACAACCGACGAAGAAGCUCCCAGCGGUGCACCACAAGACAUCAGGGUAACGCCAACCGGUUCUCGAAGCCUCCAUGUCAGCUGGAAGCCACCGCUGGACGAGGAGUCGAACGGACUAGUGCAGGGUUACUACGUCGGCUACCGCGUUCGCAACGCCAAGGAUUCGUUCGCCUACAAGACACUGGAAAGCUCGGCGAACUCGCUGCAGCAGCAGUGCGAGUUGGCCGACCUACGGCGCAACACUCGGUACAGCGUCGUGGUGCAGGCGUUCAACGCGAAGGGCGCCGGACCAGCUUCAGAGGAGGUGUUCUCACAGACGCUCGAAAUCGACCCUCCUGCGGCACCACGUUUGAGACUAGUCUCCUCAACGUCAUCAUCCGUUCACUUGAGCUGGGAUAUAGAUAAGGACCAGCCAAUAAACGGGUUUGUGCUGUUCCACAAGGCAGAGCCGCCCAUGACGUCGAAGUCCGAGCCCAGCGAAGACCCCGGCGAGUGGUCAGAAGUCCAGACGGGAGCCGAACGUUCGGCGUACGCAUUUCGUGGCCUGCGCUGCGGCCGCAAGUACGCGUUCCACGCAGUCGCUUUCAACGCCGCCGGCAGGAGUCCCAGCAGCAACACCAUCCUGGCAAAGACGGACGGAUCAGCACCGCUUGCCCCAGAUGAGCGCGACCUUCUGCUGUGCAACGUAACCUCGGUGACGCUUCAAUUGGGCGCCUGGAAGAGCGGCGGAUGUCCCAUCUUUUCGUUUGCCGUGCUCUGCAAGCCUCAGUCGCAGAAUGAGUGGUCCCCUGCCACCGCCACCCACCUGGUACCGGACCACCAGCAACCACCUGUGCUGGUCAUCCCUGAUCUGGUUCCAGCCACCUGGUACGAUCUGCUCGUCAGGGCGCAGAAUGACGCGGGAGCUUCGGAGGCCGAAUACAUCUUCGCUACACUGACGCUUACAGGUGGCACCGUGCCACCGCCUCAAUGGACACAGGCCGUGGAGUCUCAACGUCGCCACAUCCACAUCAUUCUUCCCAUCGUCUGUUCUUUAGUGGUGGUGAUUCUGCUAGGGGCAGCCGUGUGUUAUGUGUUCUCCCGCCGACGUGUCACGACCGCUCAACGCUCGUAUUCAGGAAACGUGGACGAAGUGACGGAGACCACCAAGUCAGUGGACACUGUGCCAAUGAGCGUAUGGGAGGGAUCGGACAGCAAACAGGAGUCUGAGACCGCGCAACACAGACGCGCCGUGGAUCACGAACAGCUCUACUACCCGUCGCCUUACGCCACACGCGAAGGUCGGCUGUCGUCGCUGUACGCAACCGGAGGUCUGCAGUCUGGCUGGGCCUCCGCGCGAAGUCUCAACAGCGCAACGGACGAAGCGAUGGAUGAACGUAUGGUGCCGCAGCACACGUACGAUGUGCCUUUUGUGCGGAGGCCGUCAAGCCCAGAGGGAAAGAAGCUGCAUCAGCAGCCAGACGGGCAAGGUCACGUGCUAGGGUCCACGCAGUGCCUUCCGGAAAGCAUUUAUAACAAGCCUGCUCCGUUAUACAUGUCCCCAGACAAGUACAAAGGCCUUCGAAAGUCACUUCAAGCGCUCAGCAUAAUUGAAGGCUACCCAAACACAAAUGUCUCCUACGUUUAUUCGCGGCCAAAGAAGAAACACUGGAGCACCCACGGUGAUGAGCUAUACGGUGAAAAUAAGCUGCGGAAGCAUUCCAGGUACGCAGACGGACUGAAGCAUGUGGAACUGGACUCACACAAAGGAAGCGCAGACUUCUCCAUUGAGAGCCACGAGACGUCCGAAGCCGAGUGUGACAUGCACGCUAGGCGUUUCUCCUCGCAGAGAUAAGACUGUGACGACGAUGGCCCGUGCUCUUUCAGCAGCCCGAGCCAUCUUCGACCGCCGUGCAGGUUGCCGUGUCUCUGUGUGGGGAUGGCUGUCAAGACUUUGUGAACCACAGUUGGCCAUCCGAUAAUCCAGAGGCCCGUUUUUGCUACGGAUAUUUCUAUGGAAAAUAAACGCCAUGCUCCUAUGCAGACAAGACCGAGAUGGUUUUUCCGGCGGAGCAGAAAAAUCAACAGAAGGUCUUCCCCGUAAGCUCUUGGACGUCCGGAGUGCCUGGAAUGUGCGUCUGUGUUGUGCAAGAUACCCGGCUCUGGAGCCGGAGAAUCAUCGUCAGAAGUUGCAUGCAGUGUCUGGGAAUCGAAUCCUUCACCGUGCCACCGUGCCAGUCAGAUUACCGCUCGUUGUCACAAUUCGCCAUGGCCCCGGCAGUGCGCCUAGCUGCACACUGGAGUGGUAGCUGUCUGGUGAUAAAUGCGGUACUUAAAAAAUCGUCUUUUAGUCAAAAUCCGACAGCGCAGUGAGAGCUAUGAUUGCAUCCAGCGGCCAUUUUAUGAUACAUCCUUCUUUUAUUAGAAGAAAACGGGAGCAAGGAAAAGAAGUGCUACGAAUUUAUUUACGAGGAACCGUUUCCCCGACGAACAGUGGUGUGCGUGUCAGCGAAGUGAGCCCAAGUUCCGGGCACCAGCGCACCGACGCAUCGAACCGAGCAGCGACGCCGCUCGGAGUUGUGAUACCUGUGAAGCAGGGACACGGACGGUUCGAGCUGUCUCAAAGCAUAGUGCGAGAAGAAGCUUGUGAUUGCGCGAGGACUCAUUGAGACAACAAACUUACGGCUCACGAACGACUUUCUGGCGGUACUAUUGUACAUAAUUUGUAUUUUUACAAAUAAAUGUACUUUAUUUUUGUGC